AUGAACGAGAAUGACAUCUCUGUUGAUCAAAAGCCUGGACACGACGAAGACGACGUUGAUCCAGAGAACCAAAUGUUCUCCUUGUCUGGUAACAACGAGAAUCUCGAACUAGCCAUCGACUCAAGCCACGAGAUCGAGAUCGAUCACCACGGGGAGAUGCUCACAGUCGGACAAGAGUUCCCAGACGUCAGGAGCUGCCGCAGAGCGCUGCGAGACAUGGCCAUCGCUCAGCAUUUCGAAAUGCAAACAAUAAAAUCCGACAAGACACGCUUCACAGCCAAAUGCUCUUCCGAAGGAUGUCCCUGGAGAGUCCACGCAGCCAAACUCCCUGGCGUCCCGACCUUCACCAUCAGAACCAUCCACGAGAGCCACACCUGCGGAGGCAUCAACCACUUAGGCCACCAGCAAGCCUCCGUCCAGUGGGUGGCCACCUCGGUCGAGCAGCGUCUCCGGGAGAACCCCAACUGCAAACCGAAAGAGAUCCUCGAGGAGAUACACCGCGUCCACGGCAUCACCUUGUCUUACAAGCAAGCCUGGCGCGGCAAAGAGAGGAUCAUGGCCACAAUGCGCGGCUCCUUCGAAGAAGGCUACCGUCUCCUCCCUCAGUACUGCGACCAGGUCAAGAGGACAAACCCCGGAAGCAUUGCCUCAGUCUACGGAUCCCCAGCAGACGACUGCUUCCAGCGUCUCUUCGUCUCUUUCCAAGCUUCAAUCUACGGGUUCUUAAACGCGUGCCGCCCGCUCCUCGGCUUAGACAGAACCUAUCUCAAAAGCAAGUACUUAGGCACGUUGCUUCUCGCUACUGGAUUCGAUGGAGACGGAGCUUUGUUCCCUUUAGCGUUUGGGAUUGUAGACGAAGAGAGCGAUGAGAACUGGAUGUGGUUCCUUUGUGAGCUUCAUAACCUUCUCGAGACCAACACCGAGAACAUGCCGAGGCUGACUAUACUAUCAGAUAGACAAAAGGGAAUCGUUGAAGGAGUUGAACAGAACUCUUCCCAACGGCCUUUCACGGCUUCUGCAUGA